AUGAAUCUUGGCAUUUUGUGGAAUACUCGGGGUCUCAAUUCCCCUUGUAAACACGCUGCUGUUCGCUCCCACAUUAGAAAUCUCCAUGCUACUUUUUGCUGCUUACUUGAGACUCAUGUCAAAGAACCAAAUGCUGCUCGAAUCUCAAAUUCCAUAGUCCCUGGUUGGUCUUUCCUUUCCAACUACUCCCACCAUCCUGAUGGCCGUAUUUGGAUCAUCUGGGAUCCCUCUAAAAUCAAAAUUUCUCUGAUCUCCUCUUCUGCCCAAUUCCUCCAUCUAAGCUUCUCUGAUAGCUUAAACCAAUUCUCCUUUUUCUUCACUGUUACCUAUGCCUUCAACUGCCCUGUGCUGAGACAAGAUCUUUGGACAGACCUCCGUAACCUUGCGGGUUCCAUAGAUUCUCUCCCUUGGGGUAUUGGUGGUGACUUUAAUGUCAUCAGAUUUGGCUAUGAAAAACAGGGAGGUGACCACUUGGAUCUUGAAUCAAUGGCUGCUUUCAAUGAUUGUAUUGAGGACUUGAGCUUGGGUGAUCUCAGAUGGACAGGUCCCCCCUUUUCCUGGAGCAAUAAAAGGGCUGGUCCUGCAAGAAUAGCCUGCAAGUUGGAUCGGAUUUUAGUAAAUGAAUCAUGGCUGGCUUCCUUUCCUUCCUCCUCUUCAAAUUUUGACCCCCCUGGUAUAUCUGAUUACAGCCCCAUAGCUUUAUCCAUCCAGCCUAAUAACUCCUUUGGCCCAAAACCUUUUAAAUAUUUUGAUAUGUGGUCCAAACACCCCUCUUUCCUGUCCAUAGUCAAGGAUGCUUGGUACAAGCCUGUGCAAGCUUUCUCCUCCCCUCUUUUAGUCUUGGCUAGGAAGCUCAGGAAUGUAAAAAAUACUCUCAAAUCCUGGAACCUCAGCACCUUUGGAAAUGUCUCCCAAAAUGUCAAGGACUGCCAGGAUAAGCUUGCAAAUAUUCAGAUUCAAAUUCAGAUGGACAACUUCAAUGAUCAAUUGGCUACUGAUGAGAAAGCUACUGCCCUUGAAUUAUCUCUACUCCUCAAUCAAGAAGAAAGCUUCCUGAAGCUAAAAUCCAGGAUUAAGUGA